ACAACACCGGCAGGAUUUGUGCAAUAAUUCGUUCUCCAAAAGUUUUACAAGUUCUCUACCUCCCAACUAAACCCACGCUCGCUCGGUUAUGUUCACCGACGUCCACGUCGAUGUGUUUAUCAGCAACUAUACGAUCAUCGAUCCUGAAAUCUUCCAGCUAUGGGUCGAAGGAUAUUCCUCUGACGAUGCCGUAACGUUGCUCAAACAGAAGGGCGGUAUGUUCGCGGAUGUACCUCAUGAGCUGAUAACUUCCGAUGUGCAGGACCACUAUCGCACCUACGCCCUGCUGGAAAAGUUCCUGCACUCACCACCCAAGCUGGCCGAGCAGCCGACGUUUCAAAUCGGCUCACAGGACCGUUCGCUGCUGAUCGAUCGGUACUACUCGCUAGACGACACCGUCGCGCGGGAGCUGUUUGGCAAGAAGUUUAACUCGCGGAACCGCAAAGACCUGGAUGAGGUAGCGGAGAAGACUGGCGUCAGGCUCAAGUCCUGCCGAAGACAGUUUGAUAACGUGAAACGCAUCUUCAAAGCGGUCGAGGAAACGCAGGGCAACAUUGCGCACAACAUUCGCCAGCAGUUUAUACUGCCGGAAGAGCUGGCCCAGAAGUACGCGGCGGUCGUGUUCAUUGCCUGCUUGCGCUUUGAAACAGCGAAGAGAAAGCUGCAGUAUCUUAAUUUUAAGGAUUUUUACGAAUGUUCUCAGGCUCUGAUGACUUUUUGGACGUACACAUACCAACACUCGGGAGCAGACUAUUUGGACACCGAAAUGGAUAAGGAGUUUUUGCUCGAUUUACGUGAAAUACGUUACCUGCUAGAUAAAGAGAAAGAAAUUAAACACUUGGUUUCUAUACGUUUAAAGCCAACGCUACUGGAGCGGGCGUACCAGGAAGUGGACAAUAACUUCCGUACCUACUACCGUGCAAUCAUUAUGCUGGCGUGCAAUCUGCAUCGGACGAGGGAGAUGAGACUGCUGUUCGUGGAGCUGACUGAGCGAUUGAUUGAGCCGUGGAAACAGAAUGGCUGGACGCGUGAUCAGGUGCAACAAUUUAUGCAGUGUCUGACGCAGUGUGUGCUGGAUUUGGAGGUACCACGGGAUAAUCAGGAUAUCCGGUGUCUAUGGGAACGUUACAUGCAAGUUAUAAAUGUGUGCUUACUUCGAAUGUAUCAUCCCUAGGAUAGUGCAAUAGGUUGUUAACUUAUCUACCGUACGUUCUCUUUAGUUUAUUAAAUGAAAGCUUGCAAUAUUGUACAUUUAGUCAAAAUAGAAGAAUAAACGCUCAAACCAUUA